GUGCAAUAAGAGUCUGUCACAUGAUAAUGUUUACACAAAAUGGCAACAACCUAUAACGACGAUGUAAGCACCAAAGAAACUUCUGUUCGUAACAGUAACACCGUCAAAGAACACUUAUAUAAAGUGCUUGUUAUUGGAGAAUUCGGUGUAGGUAAAACAUCUAUUAUUAGAAGGUACACAGAAGGAUAUUUCUCACCCAAUUACAAGUUGACCAUUGGUGUGGAUUUUGCUCUGAAAAGUAUUGAAUGGUCUCCAAGCACAAAAGUUAAUCUUCAGCUUUGGGAUAUAGCAGGACAUGAAAGAUUUGGUCAUAUGACUAGAGUCUACUACAAAUAUGCAAUAGCUGCAAUAAUUGUUUUUGAUCUAUCAAGGCCAGCAACAUUUGAUUCAGUGCUAAAAUGGUUAGAAGAUGUGAACUCCAAAGUCAUGCUUUCAAAUGAACAGCCAGUGCCAGUUUUAUUACUUGCCAACAAGUGUGAUAUUGAAGAUUCCUCUUACGAAGCGGACAAGUUGAACAGUUUUUGUAGAGACAAGAAAUUCAUUGGCUGGUUUCCCACUUCAGCAAAGACCAAUCAGAAUGUUGAUGAAGCUAUGAACUUUCUCAUUGAACACAUCCUGUCAUUACCAAGUGGAGCACAGCAGCCCAGUGAACAUAUGUCUGUUGCUCACUCUGAUUCAAAUGGCUCUGGUGACUUUGACGGCAUUGAAGAGAAAGAUAAGAAUACAGGAUGUUGUAGUUAGACUGUAUGUAGGAAAGCUAAGACAGUUUUGCCUUUCUAGUCUUUGGAGGAAAAGUAAUUUCCUAGACCACAGGUCUCAAGAGAAACAUCACAAAACUGACUUCAAAUGUAGAAGAUCAUCAUAAAAACAAUGAGGAACCAACUACUGAAAUAUUUGUUGAAACUGCAAUGACAUUUUUAGAUGAGAUUAUUCAAUUAUAAUGUACAAAUGUUAUAUGAAUGAUUUUGCCUGUUUUGAAAAGUUCUUUGGUCAUACAUAAAGUUGGUAUUUUCUUUUUAAAAGUCAAUUUGGUCAUUGAAACUUAUAGCUCUUUAACUUUAUACAUUUGUUUGAGGUAUAAAGUAUUUAUUCAGAAUAUACAUUUUUAAAAAUAUCUAGAAGUCAAUGUUUUAGGAUUGAAAUAAAGGAAUUAGUUUAAUGUCCUAUGUUUAAAGAAGCUGUCAUUAGUUAGUAAACAAAGAUGUCAAUCAAUAUGUUCUGUAACCAUACUGAGACCCUAAUAUUUUACUUUACUUCUAGGUGUAUUUUUAAGGUCUAUAGAUAAUUUUUUUUAUCACAAUGUGUGGGCAAAUUUGUAUUCAAAACUUUCUGCAUGCUACUCAUCAGCAUUAUAUGGCAUCAUUAAUUGUUCAGUUUGAAUGUUUUACAAGUUAUUUGUUUUUUUGUUUUUUAAUUAUCCAUCUGGAAUAAUGGAAUUCAAUGUUUGGAAGUCAUUUAUUACCAAUGACGACAAAUCUUGAAUGAGUCAUCAAUUUAGAUAAUUUUGAAUAUGUGUAUAGCACGAGUACGUUUUUUAUUGUCUCUUUUAUCACAAUCUUUUUGCUCAUCAAUACUAGAAACUCAAUAGUAAAUGUGGUCAUAGGGCAUCUCAAUUGGUGCAUUAGUAAUUAAUUCACUAAUACCCAGAGAACAAAAUUUUAUAUUUUGUUGACAAGAUGUAAACUGAUUUUCUAAUUUAAAGUUAAAAGAUGAUGUGAAAAUAUAAUUUGUUUUUCUUUGUAUACAACUAAAACUACAAAAACUAAACUAAAAUAAAAGUUUACUGUAGCUGACCCUUUAUAACUACAGUAAUAAAAUAAACUUUAUUUAAUAAAUUGCAAUUCAAAUAGAAUAAAGACUGUUAUAGCAUGCAACUGGUUGUCCCUCGAAUCAACCAGAUGAACCAACGGCUAAACCAAUGACCAUUUGUUAACAUAGAUACACGUAGCAUGUAAUUUUUCUUUUUUUCAAAGGAUGUCUGUUGUUGCAUAAUAUUAAAUUUAAACAGGCCAAAGGAUUUUCAUUUUUCUUAUUCAGAAACUUUAAUUUUUUAUUUCGCAUUAGGAUCUUGUAAACAUGUUCACAGAUUACAAACUAAAUAUAAUUAGCUUUCUCUAUGCUGUUAAAGUUUCUACAACUUUACAGUUAUUUUGUUGUGACUUGAACUUGUAUAUACUGUUGUUAAUGAAGUGUUAAUAUGAACUUGAUUUUUUUUUAAAUUAUCAAUAGUAUCACAUUAUUUAUUUUGUGCAAGAAUUUACAAUUGUGCCAUAAAUUCAUUCUAUAAGCUUAUUUAAGCUAAAAUUGUUCUGUAUUGAAUUUUGAAGUUCAUUUGUAAUACUCCACUCUGUAAUAAGGCAUAUGGCACCUGUGAGUUUGUUUUUUUACUAGAGUUAUAUAGUGCUUUUUAAAUCUAUUUCAUUGUUGAAAUCAUUGAAAAAAAGACUUAAAAUUUAUACAAACAUUAUCAAAAUUAUUGAUGCUUUACACACCGAAACUUUGUUGAAUGAGGAGUUAAAAAUUUAUUAGCUUUUAUCUUUAGAGCAGUCAUUGUUUAGCCUAUUGGCGUGAAUCCUUUUUUUUUUCUAUGUCCUAUAAAAUGUGCAAACAAUAGCUUUGGCUUCCAGUCUAAAUGAGUGAAUAGGGUAUAUUUGAUUCAGGAAACAUUUAUUAUUAUGAAAAAUUUCAGGGUGCUAAUUUAAAAUUAUGAAACAAUUUUAAAUUAUGUUUUUAUAAAUAGAAAGGCAACACUUAUGUGUAAGUAAAUAAUUGACUUUUUGGUUGCGAUAACCUUGGUGGUUGGCCACCCGCCUAAAUAAUUCUGAAUUCAAACCUCUGCAGCCUUUGCUGUUGCUGCUUAAGCCAAACAUGGGAAUGGUUUCUGGAACAACCAGGAGCCCAUGGCCCUGAGACAUGUUUUAGCACACCAUUAAUAUUCUGAUUGACCUUUGGAUGCUGUCUGAUUGACCUUUUAAUGCUGCUGAUACCAACAACUAUUUGUAAAAGGCAGAUCAUAUGACCAGCGUAGCAAAAAAAAAAAAAAAGAAUUCUUAUGGCUACUCAACAUUUUGUUUCACUAGUCUUAUUACUGACCUUGAGAUUUUGAUGUUUUUUUAGCAACUUAACUUUACAAAAUAUUUGUUGCUGCUUUAUUAAGUUGCUAGUGUUCUAGUUCAUAUUUGAAAUCAAACAAAAAUGUGAUAUAAAGAAUGCUCUUCAUUCAUCAAAGUUUACAAUGUACUGUUGUUCAUUUUGCUUUUUAAAAAAUGCUUAUGUAAGGUUUUCUUUAAACCCAUCUUUCUGUCACAAACAAGUAUUGAUGGCUGUUUCAGUCAUACAAAAAUCUCCUGCUUAUUUUGACAUGAAUCAAAAUCUUAAUGCAUAAGCCUACCAGUAUUUUUUUUUUCAAAGCCAUACAAUUGUGUAUAACUGAUUUUUUGUGAUUUCAGCAUUUCUGUAAAUUUUAUAUAAAAGAAAUAGUGUAAAAACAAAUGUAUAUUUUUCCUACAAAUUUUGAACCUUUUAACAAUGCCUUGUUAUUAAUAUUUUUUUGUUUAAAUUUAGCAUGUAUUCAUUAACCCUUAAAGUGCUGAGCUUUUUUACAAUGAGUAUAAAAAAACAUGGAUUUACAAUGCUAGUGUUUCGAGGCUAAAGUACCACACGCGUCUUAAGGGUCCAGGAUAAAAUCAUUUGAUCUUUUUUUUUUUUUUUAAGUUUUUUUUUUCAUUUAAAUAAAAUCAAUAUAUUUUUAUGUCCUGAAAUGGAUGGAUUAGAGAAAUCUUUAAAAAUUAUUAAAUGAUUUGAAAGCUAGCAAAAGAAAAAAUAGAGAACAAAGAUAAAUAAAUUAAAUAAACAUAAAUUAAUCAUUUACUCACAAUAUAUGAAGAAUUUGUGCCAAGACAUUUAAACAGAGAGUAAAAUCUAAUUUUGUUACACAAAUUCAUUACUGACAUGUAACAAAUUUCAGAAGCCAUUUUGAAGGCUACUAUUUUUUUUAUUGUAAUUUUGUAAUGAGAAUAAAUGUUUUUUGUUUUGUUUUUUGGGGGCGGGGGUUCUAAAUUAUGAGACAGAAAAUAUUUGGUCAAAUGAUUUUGUGAUUUUAAUAUAUGAUCAUGACGAAAAUAGAUCAGUUGUUCUUAAAUGAUAUAUAUAUAUAUAUAUAUAUAUAUAUAUAUAUAUAUUAUAAAUUAUAUUUAUAUAUAAAUAUAUUCUAUGUUGGUUUUUAUUGCCAUACUUAUCCUAUGUUUAUGUUAUUCGACUUCAACUGAUGAAACAAAUCUGUGUUAAUAAAUUUGUAGUAUUGUAUGACUAUGUUUUUGAGAAAUAAAUGAUUUUUGAAAGACA